AUGAGUCUGUUGGACUGCUGGUUCAAGAUCGCCCUUAACGUAUGUCCGAACAGCUGUUCGUACUUCUAUGUAGCGACGGUAAACACCGACGGUACACCAGCAGCCGGAUGGUGGCCCUCAGUCAGCAGCGGACCUGAACGGUCGCCCGUACCGUUCGCCUCGGCCUGUUUCUACUUGCAGUCACUCAAGUGUCAAAUUAUCGUCGAUGGGUCCCUUCGUACUGUGUCGAAGGAAGAGACGGCCAGAAUCUUCCACAAGCACACGUUCAACUGCGAGGUGACUGCGGCGGCCUUGGAGUUGCAGAGCUCGGUCAGUUAA